AUAUCGGAGGAAACACCGGGGCAAAAUCCAAGUGGACUUUCAUUGAACUGAAACACACUGUGUCUCAGUUGGACAACAAGUUCGAGAAUUCGAAAAUUGGGCAGCAAUGAGGUCGAGGUCAUGGAAGGGGUACCUGUCGACAUUGUUCCGAUCUGUAUCAUUUGCUGUUGUCCCUCCCACAAUUGUAAAUAUCCCACAAAAGUAAAAUUUCUGUUGGGACAAGUCGUCCCAUAUUCGCUCCUUUGCGACUCCACCUUUCGCCAGGAGGAAAUUGAACAACAUAUUGACCUCUGUUCGUCAUGUGUGCGUCUUCUAGGACAAGGGAACAGUUACACGAGAGGAUUGUCAAACUGGAGAGGGAGCUGGACCAGGUGAAGAACACCGUGAAGAAAUUCGUACAGAAUUCCACCCUCGUUAAGCAUGAGGACGGAGGAAAUUUGGUGGUGGAACAAAUAUACGUAAAUAUUCGUGAACAAUUGCUGAGUGAUUUCGUGGGAGAAGAAGAUGAAGAAAAUUUUGUCGUCACGGACUACUGGUCAGGGGUAGAGUUUGCUGAGAAUGAGGAACGAACGGAGAAUAUUUUUAGAACGGAGCAUGGAAAUGAUCCAUUAGAAUUUGAAGGAGAUUCAAUUGUUGAAGUUGUUCCAAAUUCAGACGUUGCAAAUUCACCAGUUUCCAGUAAUACUCGUAUUGAAGAAGAUUACAGAAAUUUUCCAGACUUUGAAAGGGAAAAAGUUGUGGCUACGUAUUCGAAAACGACCCCCAAACGAAGCGUUAAACCAAUCAAGAUUAGCCAAAUAUUGAAAGCGAAACGAAAAAAAUAUACCCCAAAAUCAACAAUUAAAAGAAGUCAGGAAAACGUGUCAACAAUCCCGACAGUAAGUAAAUCUAGAUCAACGUCACACAAAACUGGUGUUGAUCACUUGACCUCACGGAACACUGGAGUAAAAUCCAACCUGCCUAGUUUCAUCGAACCCAUGUCCCUACCGGUCCCGGAGGUUCGAAAGCUACCUGACCCCACCAAGCCUGCAAAAGGAAGCUAUCCUUGUGCCAUUUGUCCAGAUAAGUUAGAUACCCUUUUGGAGGCCAUCUUGCACCGGAAAUUUAUUCACCCAGGUCUCUCCGUAUGCACUAGUCCAGUUCUUACUCUCCAAUGUGGAAAGAUAUUCAGAUCGUGCGACAUAAAGCGCCACAGGAUAGAAAGUCAUCCACUUGUUCGGUGUCUCGAAUGCAGGGAAUCCUUCACCACCACGGACAGAUUAGAGUCUCAUAUGAAGGCAGUUCAUUAUAAGGACGGAUCUGCGUUACCACCACUGCCAGAAUUUGGAUAUGAUGUCAAAUUAAUCCCGUGGGUGAUCCCUAUGACGAAGGAAGAAGUCCAAGAGGCGACCCGGGACCAAGGAUUUUUUCGAGUUAACUUAAAUCGGGUAGAAAUUAAGGACGCGCCGGAGCAGCAAAGUAUCGAUCAAAUAGUUGAUAAAGUCGGCCCAUCUACUUCAAAAUCUCAAACGACGGAAGAAUGCAACAAGGUGCCAAAAAUUCUAGAGAGUGGGACGGCUUCCGUAGCAGAAAAUAUUCACAUCACGGAAACUGCAAGAGUUUUUCCUACUGAACUAACUCAAGUUCCAGUCAAACCAAAGAAAAAGAAAAUUAUUUACAACUGCGGCGUCUGCAAUACAAAAUUCCUCGUACAAUCCGAUCUCCUCCAGCAUUUGGCCGAUGCUCACAACCAGACCCCAAAAUUCGGUUGCAUCGUCUGUCUCAAAGAAUUCGCUUCCCUCACUGAAUGCGAAGCUCACGUUUUUGCGAACCAUCCUGGCGCCAACGCCAAGGUACCAGAGAAAGCUAUGAAACAUACUACUCCAAAAAUCAGGAAAUCCACAGAAAGUGGAAUUAACAAGAGAUGGUUGUGGCCAUUUAUGUGCAAAACAUGUCGGUUACGGUUCAAAACACUUCCGUCGUUGCAGACUCAUUUGAAAUCAGAAGAUCACAAAUUAACCUUGGAGUUAGGACCGUUGGAAGUUUGUCCACGUGAUGGAUGUCCGUUCGAGUACCGUACUCAAUCGGAGUUGGACUCUCACUUAGCAGAACAUCCCAUCGACGAUAAACUUGAAUGCCCAGAAUGCCAUAAAAAAUUUACCUCUGAUCCAAACUACCUGUUGCACCACCGAGUUCGGGCCCAUGGUUACAUUUCGGCGGAACCUUUACCCCCAAUUGUCUUCAGGUGCCGUGUUGAAAAUUGUGGCGAAGAAUUUCCCGAGAAAGGACGAUUCCUACGGCACAUGAGGAACAUUCAUGCAGAAGGGAAGUACAAGUGUGCUCCUUGCGGGAAAGCAUUUUUACAUCAGAAACAAUUCAAUUACCACAUGAAAUAUGUGCAUGAGAAAUUACCAGGAGAUUUUGGCUGUGAUAUUUGUGGGAAACGUUUCAAGAACAAUUCUAACCUUGCUGCUCAUCGACCAAUUCACAGAGAAGAGCGUCCCUUCCUUUGCUCCCAAUGCGGAAAGUCGUUCAAAACCAGGACUAGUCUGACGAUUCAUAAUUACAGUCAUGACCCGGAUCGUUGGACGAAACAUUACCCGUAUCGAGUUCUGGUACAAAAACGGCUACAAACCCAGAGAAAAAGAGAGGCAGCUGCAGCUUCCGGCCGAGCAAGUUGGACAAAGCGACGAAAAUCCAAUAUUUCGAAAGAAGUUCCCAACCAGUUUGACCAUACUGAACAGGAGGAGAGUCAAAUUUGAAAUUUCUGUUCAAAAAUGAUCAAGCCAAGAAGUUGUACAAAACUUUGUUCAAUUCAAAAAUAUUGGAGUUUAGGAUUUGUGCAAAUUUUACGUGCAUAUCUGAACAGUUGCGUAAUCUGCGUGUGUUUAUAAAAAUUAGGAACAUACAAUUUACUUCCAUCCAAUAUUAAUAGUCUAAAAAACGCUGGACAAAAUUUUACACAACUUGGUGGAAAUUAUAUACACUUUCAUUUAGAGUUCAAAUAGUUCUUUUUUUUAUUAUGUGCUUUUUGUUUGUUGAACUUGCUAAAAAAUAAGGUGGUCAUUGCAAAGCUUAGAUACUUAAUUAAUUCGUAAAGAUUAUUCCCACCAAACGCUUCCAGGCAAAAAAUAAUAUUUAAUUCACAUCCAUGAACUAGACUUGGAUUUAUGUAUGCGGAAAUGUCAAAUUUACAUAGUUACUAAAUAGUUUAGAAAUAUAUUUUUGCCUGAUGAAGAAAUUCUGUAUAUAUGAAUAUCGAAAGGUUGCAACAAUAAUAAAUAUAUCUUUUGAUUCCGA